CUCUUCCAUCCUGACAUCAAAGGAUCCCAGGUUAUUAUGGAUGAAUCUUGCUGUACAGUAAGUAGAAUAGACACCUUCCAUGAUGGUAUCGUCUUCUCCAACCGGCCCGUAGAACUCGAGGAGAAAGUGACGCUGAAAAUCUUACAAGACGACCAGAAGUGGCAUGGCGGUCUACGGGUGGGUUUCACUUGGGAAGACCCCCACCUUCAGUCUGGCGACUUGCCUCCGUUUGCGUGCCCAAACCUGGUCCUCCAAGGCAAGACUUGUGCGUCUGUUUUGCCAGAUGAUUAUCUGGCGGAAGGCACCACAAUCAGCUUCUGGGUAGACAGCCAGGGCUGCGUUUUCUGCAGCACCAGCCUUGGAGCUGAAGGGUCCUUCCUCUUCGGUGGCGUCUCAGUUAAAUCUCCUCUUUGGGCGGUUGUGGACGUCUACGGAAGAACCAGAGCGGUCCAACUUCUCGAUUCCACCCGCUCCGGGUUCCAGGAACGAGCGGAAGAAAGCCCCGUGGAAGAUUGCAUGGUCUGUUUUGCGUCCGAGGCCAGUACUAUGAUGUUCCCUUGCCAUCACACCGGUUUCUGCUCCGUCUGCUCCGUGAAGAUUUUCAAAGCCAGCGGCCGCUGCCCUCUCUGUCGGGAGAAGGUGGAAAAAAUCCUCCGGAUCUCCCUUCUGGUGGAGAACGAGGGGCCGCCAAGCGGUUCGGGAAAACCGGAGGGGAUCCAUUCCCUGCGGUGACAAAAGGUGGACGAUUGCGAUGCUCCUGAGAUAAUCUCCAUCCUGGUUGGAAAGGGCAGGAAUUGGACAGGCGAAGAACGCAAUCGGAAAGACCAUAAUAAUAAUAAUAGUAAUAAUAAAUUAAAAAAAGCAGUGUUUGCUUCGAAGGGACGCAGAGGUGAUGCAUGGGGUGGCUUAGCUGAUGAAGGAGCUAUAUUGCUGGAACCGCUGGAGAUGCACAGUAGCUACUGGUUAGCCAGAUCUCUUUGUUCUUUAAAUAAACAACAAAA